GCGUCGAGAGUCGUGGAAGGUGCUCUUGCUUGGACGGAUCUCGAAUCUCUUGGAAGUCAAAAAAUGGGCGCCACAAAGGACGGCAAGACUCUUUUGGGGUCCGAGAACCUGAUCAUCGAGAUUGACGGGCAAAAGAUACGAUCAAAGCAGUUUCCCUGGUACUUUGCCCCCACCUAUCUUCUAUUCUGGGUGGCGCUCUUUUUUGCCGUCAUCUACCCACUCUUCCAAGCUCUGCCCACAGGGAUUAAGAGAUCCGAGGAGACGGAUAAGCCGGGACAAUUCGUGGCCGAAAGAGCUCAGGAAAUACUGCUGAAAAUAAGUCAAAUAGGACCUCGAGUGGUAGGCGAUGUUAGCAAUGAAGUCACCGUUGUGAAUUUGCUGCUCGAAGAAAUCGAAAAAGUUCGUCAGGUAUUGCGUGACGAUGUGUAUGAAAUGGAGGUAGAAGUGCAACGGGCAUCCGGUUCGUAUUUGAUUAAGGGCCUUACAAAUCACUAUCAGGGUGUGCAGAAUGUGAUCGUUAGACUGAGUACAAGGAGUUCUAAUAGCACCUCUUACCUUCUGGUCAACAGUCAUUAUGACACCAAGCCGGGAUCACCAGGAGCCGGUGAUGAUGCUGCCAUGGUUGUCGUAAUGCUAGAGGUGCUGCGACAGGUGGCCAUUUCAGGGGAUCCCUUCCUGCAUCCCAUUAUAUUCUUAUUUAAUGGUGCUGAAGAACAGCCAAUGCAGGGUUCUCAUGGCUUUGUCACUCAGCAUAGAUGGGCUGCCAACUGCAAGGCACUUCUUAACCUGGAUUCUGCCGGUGCUGGUGGACGCGAUCUGUUAUUCCAGGGCGGUCCCAAUCAUCCCUGGCUGAUGGAGCAUUACAGAAACAGUGCCCCACACCCAUUCGCCACCACCACGGCGGAGGAGAUGUUCGAGGCGGGCAUCAUACCAUCGGAUACCGAUUUUCGAAUCUUUCGGGACUUUGGAGUGAUACCAGGUUUGGACAUGGCUGGCGUCUACAAUGGUUUCGUCUAUCACACAAAAUUCGAUCGAUACACGGUGAUAAGCCGCGAUUCCCUGCAGAAUUCCGGCGACAACUUGUUGGCCCUGGUGUGGAGUAUUUCAAAUGCUGACGAAAUGUAUAACACUGAGGCUCACGCUUCGGGACAUGCUGUGUUUUUUGACUUUAUUGGACUGUUUUUUGUUCACUACCAGGAGUCGACUAGUCUGGCCCUGAAUCUCUCCUUUUCCUUUGGGGCUAUAUUCCUGGUCUGCGUUUCAUUGUGGCGCAUGUCUAAGGUUACGGGUGAAACCAUGGGCACCUAUGCCGGGGCCUUUGGACUUCUAUUCCUUCUGGCCCUUGCGGGUGUACUACUUGCCUUGGGUUUCCCUCUGCUAAUGGCCACAUUCUAUGAUGUGGGAAAUCGAACUUUGACUUACUUUAGCAACAGUUGGCUGGUCAUUGGCCUGUACAUUUGCCCCUCGGUAAUUGGCCUCGUUCUGCCGAUGACUCUCUAUCUGACCCAUAAGAAAAGUAACAAGAUCCCCCACACUUACUACUUGCAUAUAGUGGGACAUGCCAACUGCGUUCUUCUGGCCAUCUUGUGUUUGGGCGCAACUGCCCUCAAGUAUCGUAGUGCUUACCUCUUCCUGAUCUCUCUAAUAUUCUACGUUUGUGCUUUGAUUAUUAAUCUGUUGACCCGUCUUCACUGUCGCGGCUACUUGUGGUCCCUGGUGCUGAUUGUUUUCCAGAUCAUACCCUUCAUAUACCACGCCUAUUUGUUCCACAUGUUCAUACUUAUUCUCAUUCCGAUGACCGGUCGCUUUGGGGUCUCCACAAAUCCGGAUCUACUGAUUGCCGCUCUCUGUGCUUUUGGCACAAUACUGGCCUUGUCCUUUGCGGCUCCCCUUAUCAACAUUUUCCGACGACCCAAUUGCAUGCUGGGAGGUUUGGCCCUGGUCAUGUUUAUUUUCUGCAUGAUAACCAUCUCGGAUGUGGGAUUCCCCUACCGCCCAAAAACGAAUGUGAUGCGUGCGGACUUUAUGCAAGUGCAUCGCAAAUUCUUCGAGUAUGAUGGUUCCAUGAGCCUGGAGGACUCUGGCUACUACUUCCACCUGGGGGAUCGUAAUAAGGAGGCCCCUCUACGGGACUACAUGAAUCUGACCGACUUAGUUCUCCUUGGUGAGGACUGCGACUCGGAAUUAAUGUGCGGUAUUCCCUGCUACCGAUAUUGUUCUGCCCGAAAGCAUGCUCUGUGGCUUGCCCGAGAGGAUCUGGUGGAACUGCCGUAUCCCACUGUUUUGGAGUUCCUCAACAAGACAGUUCUUCCCGGGGGCUAUCAGGUGCGUUUUGAGUUCCGGCUGACUGGACCCCCCAACAUGGGUCUGUUCUUCAUGCCCUUGGAUGGCGUAAGAUUGCUUCGAUGGACGUUUGCCCCUGGAAUGUUGGACAGCCCGGCCACCUACAGACCUCCCUUGGAGGUCAUGAUAACAUACGGGAUUGAUAGCACACCCGUCGAGUUCUUCGUGGAAUUUUCGAAGGACAAUGGCAAUUUUGAUGAGCCCGUCUUCGAGAUGGGCGUGUCCGGGCAUUAUGUCAGUCCCCAUGACCAACGGGAUGCGCUGAGCGAAGAGUUCCUGGCCACACUUCCGGACUUUGCCUUCUCCAUGGAGUGGCCCAGUAGCUACGAACGCCAUAUAUUCUAA